GUGGCAUUUAUAAAUAAGAGAGAGAGAGAGACCGAAUGUGAUCGUGUUAUGUGCGAAUUAAAGUUUUUGUUCAGUUGUUAUUGGAUUGUGCGUAUUACAAAAUGACAACAGGAAUUAUAUUGGCAGGACUGACUCUUGCAGCUGUAGGAUUUGCUGGUAGAUAUGCUUUUCGUGUUUCAAAACAGUUUUCAGAAAAGUUCCAGCAUCUUAAAAUUCCAACAACAUCCAGUUUUGCUAAUAGCAAAUAUUAUAAAGGUGGCUUUGAACCUAAAAUGACACGAAGAGAAGCUGGAUUGAUAUUGGGAAUUAGUCCUUCUGCAACAAAUGCAAAAAUUGUAGAAUCAUACAAAAGAAUAAUGGUAUUGAAUCAUCCUGAUCGAGGAGGAUCCCCUUAUCUGGCUGCAAAAAUUGGUGAGGCAAAAGAUCUUCUUAGUAAAGGAAAAUGAAUGUAAAAUUUUGAGGCUGUAGAUAGAUGUAAAUAAAUACUUUACAGAUGCAAAUUUUAUUUUUAUGCCCUUGAAGUUUUAAUACUAU